AUGGUACUUCUACGCUACUUGGCCCCACUCAAUCACCCUACCAUUCCACCACUCCAUUGGCUAGCGGAAAUCAGAAAACGAGCUCUGAAUUCUUAUUCAUUUGGCGCAGCAGGUGCCGGCGGCGGCAUGCUAGGCGCGCGGCUCAAGUCAUGGAUGGAAGCGCAGCUGGGGCGGGCGAAGAAGCGGAAACAGAAGCAGACCAGACAAGCCACACCUCCGUCAUCAGGCCCAACCGCCCCACCGCAUUUAUCAUCGCCUGAAAGCGCGUACAGUACCGGUUACUCCACAGAUGGCACGUCCCCGGGUGCGCCGCCCGCCCUGCUCGCCGCUCCGCUUGUGGCUCCACCGCCCCCGCCCACGCCUCCCACCACACACUUGUACCACGAACCCGCUAAGCGUCGCUCCAGCACAACAGCGACUAGUCGGAAGUUCGUCCCAGAGCCUCCAGCGCAAGUGUGCGCAACGCCCUCACCUCGGCCAAGAUGCCGCAUCCGCACAAAUCCGUGGCUCGGUGCCACGUCUCCAGCAAGGAAGAAACCACCACAUCUUCUGCACCAACAGUCCUUGCAAAUUCCUCAACAGCCGGUUCUGCAUCACGCUCCGUUCUCUUUAGACUCGCAUAUCAAGUAUGGUCCAAGAUCCCCCCACGUAUCGCCACACUUAUCCCCACAUUUAUCUCCGCAACUAUCUCCUCAAUAUUCGCCACAUUUGUCGCCGUACCGUCAACCGUAUUAUCGAGGUGCAUCCAGCGAUGAAGAGUACAGAGGACUCAAGUCUCGAGGCCAAGAAACCGCUAUUUUGUCUGAUGCCGAUGUUGAUUCUGAUGGAGACACGGGGUUGGAUGGUGGAGAUGAGGACGAAGCAGAUAGUACAGCUUCGCCUGGAAGACGUCGGGCGAGGCGACGAAGGCCACCGAGACGUCCGCCGCGAUCAGCCGGAGCGACACCACCGCGUAUGCGCCGGCGCCACGCCCCGUCAGCACCUCCCGUAAGAGAACGGGACCCCCUUCUAGAAGCCGAUCGAGAAGCGGAACGAAAAUACCGUGAACUGAUCCGCGAAGCUGAGAAACUCCUCGUCACAGUCUCCCGGGCACCCAUAGAACCCCCGCACAAUCCGAGAGUUGUUGAACUUAGAGCCACAGAGGUGGAUUGUCCCCGUCGCAGUCCGGAACGCACUCAUAUCACAAACUUUAUCCGAGCGAACUCCCCAGAAGCCCCUCGCCGUUCGUCCCCCGUCCCCCGACGGUCACCCCUCGCUGCCCCGCCACCCCCUGCCCGCAUACCACAUUACCCACCUUCCCCCACUGAUAGACCUCAUUCUGAGCCGCCGAAAAGGAAGAUGUAUGCACGAGAGGAGGUAUUACAAACGUUGGAGGGACUUAGGAAGAGUUUGCAGCAACAAUCCGCUCUAUUGGCGGUGCAGAGAACUCGUCUCGACUCCCUGUAG